AGGUUCAGCACUUGUUUGGGGUCCUUCGCCUCCAGCACUAACGGGGAAUACCUCCAGCCACUUCCGUCUUCCAGAUAAUUCCACUUCCGUCAUCUCCGUAGCUUUGAGCUUGCACUUCCGUUGGCUCUGGCUGGUCCGGAAACGAUUCCUAACCCGAAGGCACAUCUAGGGCCCGCACCCCCUGGGAUUAUGGGAAAUGUAGUUUUUUUUGUUUGUUUGCCUCCGUAAGGGACCAGGCAGAGUUGAGGAGCCGUGCGAGGGGUCGGACCAUGACUUCCUCAAACGGAAACCGUCGCCUUUCGGGCCCGGUGGGGCCUGCGACGAUGCAGAAUCCGGGGCCGCGGGGACGCCAGGGUGCGCUGCCCGUAGGAACCGCCAGGAAGCCGCUGCCGAUCCGAGCGGGCUCGGGGACGGACCGGAAGUGCCUUGAGGGCGGCCGUGGCAUGGUCGGUUUGAGCCGCGCGUAGGGAAGGGUCAGUGGGAGGCCUGAGGGCGUCGGACGCCACGGCGGGCGGACCCGGGGUUCUGCCAAGAGGGUCCCGGCGUCAGCUUCCCUUAGCCCCUGGGCCGCCGCACGCAGACCAUGCUCCUGGUGCGCCUGACUUCCCCGCUGUUCAGGGCGGUUCCCUGGGCAGGCUGCCGCCGGCUCUGGCCCAGCUCUGGAGAGCUGGGCGGCCGGGCCUGCGGGCACUUUUACAGCACACAGCCAGCCGGCCGGGGCAGGACGGCCUCCCUCCCUCGCAAGGGGGCCCAGCUGGAGCUGGAGGAGAUGCUGGUCCCCAGGAAGAUGUCCAUCAGCCCCCUGGAGAGCUGGCUUACGGCCCGCUGCCUCCUGCCCAGACUGGACUCCGGGACCCCGGGUACUGUGGCUCCACCCCAGCCCCACGAGUGCCCGCCUUGCCACACAGGGGAAGGGGCCGAGCAGGGGGAUGAGGGGGUCGGGGAUGCGCCUGUGAUGCAGUGCAAAAACGUGCUGAAGAUCCGCCGGCGGAAGAUGAACCACCAUAAGUACCGGAAGCUGGUGAAAAGGACGCGGUUCCUGCGGCGGAAGAUCCGGGAAGGACGCCUGAAACGGAAGCAGCUCAAGUUCGAGAGAGACCUGAGGCGCAUCUGGCUGAAGGCGGGACUGAAGGAAGCCCCCGAAGGCUGGCAGACCCCCAAGAUCUACCAGCGGGGCAGAUGAGUCUGGCACCGCCCUCCCUCCCGCUGCUGUUGUCAUCCGUGGUAAUAAAUGCUCAGAGUACUCAGCUGUC